AUGAUUCAAUUGAAAAGAGGGAUAUUGUCGUUCAAACAAAAACUGGUUCUCUACAACGUAUCAGUGAAUUGCAUCCUUCGUACCUUCCUCUCCAAUAUCCACUGCUAUUUCCAUAUGGGGAUGAUGGUUACAGUGUUGACAUUCUUCAUAGAGGGAUCUUCAAUAAAGUAUUUGUUUAAAUACAUAAAUAAGGGUCCUGAUAGAGCUACAGUUGUUGUUGUACCAGCCAACAAUGAAUGUGAAAAUAACGAUGUGGUCGAUGAAAUAGCUGAAUAUUACGAUUGUAGAUAUUUAUCAGCAUGUGAAGCAUCAUGGCAAAUUUUUAAAUAUGAUGUUCAUUGCAGAUAUCCUUCUGUGGUCAGACUACCUUUUCAUCUUCCUAAUCAACAACAGAUUGUAUAUGGCAAAGACGAUGAUAUUGACGAUGUUCUGGACAAACCUUUUGUUGCUGCUUCAAAGUUCACAUCUUGGAUGGAAUGUAAUGCAAUCGAUAGUGAAGCACGAAAACUUACAUAUGCUGAAUUUCCUACAAAGUUUGUUUGGAUAUUAAAUGGUCGGUUUUGGAAGAGAAGGAAAGUAGGAAAAGCCAUUGGUAGAAUUCAUUCGGUUUCACCUAAUCCAGGUGAAACAUAUUUCUUAAGGAUUCUUUUAAAUAAAGUAAAAGGUCUGACGUCAUUUGAUGAUAUCCGCACGGUAAAUGGUGAAACGCAUUCUUCUUUUAGAGAUGCUUGUUAUGCACUCGGGCUAUUAGAUGAUGACAAGGAAUACAUGGAUGCAAUUAAAGAAGAAAGUCACUAUGGAUCUGAAUUAUCACUCGGUGUAGAUGAACUUAAGAACUUAACUUUGUUCGAAAUAGAACAAAUUUUACUUCGAAACAACUCCACUCUCAAAAACUUCACAAAGAUGCCAUACCCAGAUGUUGAAUCUGUUUCUUCUUCAAACAAUCGACUUAUCACCGAGGAGCUAGAUUACGACAUUCCCGUUAUAAAGAAUGACUUUGAUCGUAUGUUUCUUGCAUUAACAAAUGAGCAACGUAACAUUUUCCUUAACAUCAUGAGUGUUGUUAAAGAAAAUAAAGGAGGUGACUUCUUCGUUUAUGGUUAUGGUGGAACGGGUAAAACUUUUUUAUGGAAGACAAUAUCUGCAGCAAUUAGAUCUGAUGGUAAUAUUGUUUUAAAUGUUGCUUCAAGCGGUAUUGCUUCCUUAUUAUUGCCCGGUGGUAGAACAGCACACUCACGAUUUAUACUUCCAUUUGAACUUACAGAGGAUUCUUUUUGUAAAAUAAAUCCAGAUGGUGAGUUGGCUAGCUUAAUAAGAAAAACCUCUUUAAUAAUUUGGGAUGAAGCACCUAUGGUCCAUAAGCAUGCAUUUGAAGCUUUAGAUCGAACUUUGAAAGAUGUGUGGAAGUUUUGUGGUCGCCGGCCUGAGCACGACAGCAGCCCAUGGCAUAAAAAAUGUCGAAGCGUAAAUUCUCUGUGUCGUGCUACAGUCACCAAAGUGGUUGAAGACGGAGAGGCAAGAAACGAAAGGCGAGUAUCAGAGUAUGGUGUCGUAGUUCUUAACGUGUAG